CAAGUGGUGCUGCAUACAACCUGUGUGUUGAGUUGCACGUGGUGUGUUUCAUUGACCGUGGAUGACUGGCCGUCACUUUUUGUGGUCCAGGAGGUGAAGUGUAAAGGAUCUUGGUAAGGAGCCCUAAUGGUGCAGGCGGCCAACAUGGGCAAAGGGGCCCAGACCGAUUGGGACAUCAACGACAACAACGUUCCCAAGGUCACAGAGUUCGACGAGUACCAGGAGUGGGCCGAUGGACACUGCCGGUUCGUCUACCGACCCGACUGUGAAGAGGCGCGACGGCACGCCAGCGGAUGGGCCAUGAGAAACACCAACAAUCACAACGUGCACAUCCUCAAGAAGUCCUGCCUGGGAGUCCUCGUUUGCAGCUUAAGGUGCUCCUUGGAUUCCGGGGACACCGUACACCUUAGGCCAGCAAUAUGCGACAAGGCGCGCAAGAAACAACAAGGCAAGCCAUGUCCGAACCGUCGAUGCUCUGGUAGGCUGGAAGUGCAGGCUUGCAGAGGCCACUGCGGUUAUCCCGUCACCCACUUCUGGCGCCAUACCGAGUGGGCAGUAUUUUUCCAAGCCAAGGGCGUCCACGACCAUCCGCAGCCAGAGCCGAAAGCCACGGCUGAAGCCAGGCGAUCGCUAAGGGCAGCGUCCACCAAGAGGGCGCUUACGUCUCCGGUGCCGCCGACGUCGCUGAGGACGCUCAUCAAGGAAUCCACAGGCAAUCCAUUCCAGAUACCUCACGGUCUUACAAGCGGGAGCUUCAAGAACUGCAGCUGGAGUCAACAAGGCACAGUCGAGUUGGAAUACUUGGUGAAAGUUCCACGUGUCGACCACUGUCCAUUGCAACCUCGACGAGAAGACGACGUCCACUGUUCGUGUCCACCCUUCGAGUGCUUGUGCCGGCGAAGUCCAGCUUUACCGACCACUACAACUACGUCCAUUCUGAAGCACACAUGCGAGUCUCCUUCGCAGUUUUCAUCAUCUUCCUUCGGCACAUCGCCUAGCUAUUCUUCCCCGCCUUGCCAAGACUACAGUCAAGCCGCCGACCCUUCCAGUAUGGCGAACAUGAUGUCGUCUGCGAUCGAAAUGCAUGCGGACUCGGUGUUCCACAUCAUAGACAAAAUCCUUUCGGUAGACACAAACAGCGAGACGUCGCUGAGCGAUACGCCGUCGAACGAAAGUAAAAACACUUACGAAAUGUCCUGCUGCUAUGGUUCCCAGAAUUACACCAACUGCCAAGUCAAAGCAGACGUCUACCAGGAAACGGAUAGUUCGUGCAGUUACGAAGAUGGCACGAGUCAGUGCCGUUUCUUUAACAAGCAGACGACACUGGAGCACGCGAACGCGUUCACGACGACAGAGCGCAAAGAUGACACGACAAAAUCGCAGACGCAUUCAGAAGAAGAUUACGUACUCACUUCCUUGGACGACCCUGAUAUCUCGCAACGAUUCUUCGCAGCUAUCGAUAAUAUCUUGCAAGACUACGGGGCUUCAGAAAGUUCGACGUCAAAUAGCAGGAGCAACUGCGCAGCACAGCAGGGAACGCCGUCUUGCUUAUACGAAGAAGGUGGCUACGUGCAGUACCCUAUCCCAAAUAUUUACAACCACCAUCGAGCAGUGUACGAAGAGCGAGUCAAACAUGAGUACAUCGACAUUGAAGAUGCCCGGAUGAUGUCGUGCUAUUUCCAGACUGAGUUCGAGCCGUGCAAAGUCACCGCUCACCAUAGGCAAGUUCGUUCGGCGCAUUGUGAACCAGCUCCGUAUUCUGUGAAACAGUUAUAGACACUGACUGUGUGAUCGUGUGCAAGUAGUCAAAUUGAUGGAUCUCUCCAAUGCUGUUAAGUUUCGAAGUUUUAGACGCGGUUUCACUCGCUGAUCCCUGUCCACCAGUGUUAUUUUGCGUUGCACCCACUGUUGUAAAUAAUAUACUGUGUCGACAAUGUG